GAUCCCUGAAACACCUCAAACAUCACUCCAGGAACAAUGUGGGGGAAGAGAGUGGAAGGAUGGUGCGGGAUUACCCAAAGGUGACUGAAGGCCAAAUGGACGUGGGAACACAGACAGAACCUGUAGUGGUUCUCUCUCUUGCUCAGGCAGCUGUUCUCGGACUCAUCUCCCAAAAUGAAAUCUUUGGUGCCACAAUAGCUCCAAAUGGUUUUUACACAGGCGAGUCCAAAGAGGGUCCGCCCGCACCUCCAGAAGCAAUGGAGUAUGAGUGUGCAGACCAGCUGAUUGGCGCUAAUGGGGACUACCUACCUGAGCCUGCUGGGGACACGACAUCUCAGCUUAAUCCUUGUGAACGGAGACAGCCAGUUCCCCGUGGACUGAGGGCUAAAAGACCCAGAAGCGAGGGAGAGUUUGUGGCUAACACGCCCAAAGCAGCAAGUCCACAAGCUCAGAUCAAAGGUGAACAGAUUGAGGCUGAAACAUCUCCUGCUUGCAUGAACAACAGGUGUAUCCCUGCCAAGCAAGAGACUCCUAUUACAAAUCCAAAAACCUCCUUGAAAGAGCAAGCCUGUGGAAAUUGUCCUUCAUGUGUAAAAGAAACAUCCCUACCAGAAGUAGACAGACCACAAGGAGAGCAACAAGAGGGAAACGUUAAUAGUGACAGGAAGGAAGAGGAAUCAGUGGUGGAAGAGGAGCCAGAGGAGGAGGCGCUAAAUCUUAAAACCACUGGAACUACUGCUUUGGACAGUAAAUAUUACGAAUCCAACGACGUCGCCUACGAACCAUCUGGCGUGGCACUACCGGGGGAGUAUGAGGAAAACGGCCAGGCCAUGCUCUGGUCGGACCCCGAGGGCCUCGCCAGGCGAAUGCAGAUAGACCGGCUAGACAUCAAUGUACAGAUCGACGAGUCUUACUGCGUAGACGUGGGUGAGGGUCUAAAACGAUGGAAGUGCCGAAUGUGCGAGAAGUCUUACACGUCCAAAUAUAACCUCGUCACUCACAUCCUGGGCCAUAAUGGCAUAAAGCCCCACGAAUGUAUCCACUGCGGAAAACUCUUCAAGCAGCCCAGCCACCUCCAGACUCACCUACUGACCCACCAAGGGACUCGCCCUCACAAGUGCACCGUUUGUGAGAAGGCCUUCACUCAGACCAGCCACCUGAAGAGACACAUGCUGCAGCAUACUGACGUCAAGCCCUACAGUUGCCGCUUCUGCGGCAGAGGCUUCGCUUACCCCAGCGAGCUGCGGACCCACGAGAGCAAACACGAGAAUGGUCAGUGCCAUGUCUGUACACAGUGCGGCAUGGAGUUCCCCACUUACGCACAUCUGAAGCGCCAUUUGACCAGCCAUCAAGGCCCUACAACAUACCAGUGCACGGAGUGCCACAAGUCCUUUGCGUACCGCAGCCAGCUGCAGAAUCACUUGAUGAAGCACCAGAACGUUCGGCCCUAUGUUUGCCCAGAGUGUGGCAUGGAGUUUGUCCAGAUCCAUCACUUGAGACAACACGCCCUUACUCAUAAGGGAAUGAAAGAAUUCAAAUGUGAAGUCUGCUCCAGAGAGUUUACCUUGUCUGCCAACCUGAAGCGACACAUGCUAAUCCAUGCCAGCGUGAGACCCUUCCAGUGCCACGUGUGCUUCAAGACUUUUGUUCAGAAGCAGACCCUUAAGACGCACAUGAUUGUCCAUUUACCUGUGAAGCCGUUCAAAUGCAAGGUGUGCGGCAAGUCCUUCAACAGAAUGUACAACCUCCUCGGCCACAUGCACCUACACGCCGGCAGCAAGCCUUUCAAAUGCCCUUACUGUAACAGCAAGUUCAAUCUAAAGGGCAACCUCAGUCGACAUAUGAAGGUCAAACAUGGCAUCACGGAUGGCACGAUAGAAGGACACGAGCCCCCUCAAGACACAGAAGGACAGGGGGAGUAUGAGGAGAGCUUUGAAUUCAGCGAGCGAGAGAACCGGGCAAACAACAGCACACCAGACAUUUCUAAACUAUCUCAAAUGGAGUAUUACAGCACCUAUGGGAAGGGAGCAGGUCGCUGCAGUACUGCUUGAGUUAGCAAAGCCAGCCCAAAAUGAAUCUGAGGGGACAGACGACUUUUUUUCCUGCAGUUAAGAAGCUUGGGAUGUUCUUCAAGAAACCGAGCAAAACUGCAUAUUUGUAUGCACUGGAAUUAGCUGCAAUGUUACGAAACUCCAUUGCCAACUCCACUCACUGGACACAAUUAGGUAACUCCAUUGCUGCAAUAGUGUGGAACAGUGGUUGUCUUUUUUUUUUUUUUAAAUUUUACAAGUACCACCUAAAAAUAUAUAGCUAUCCAAGAAAACCAUCAUGACCAACAUUAAAAUAUGGUAGUGCUGUUGGCUAACUGUCCAUCAAAAACAAUCUUUUUAAUUCAAAAUGGCUUAUAUUAAUGAGAAUAUUUCAUCAUACCGUAGCCAAAGGUUGACAUUUCUGUGCCAUAAAUUCAUGUCACUGUUGUUUUCGUCAACGAUGGCGUUAACGAAAAUAUUUCGUCGACAAACACUUUUUUCAUGACAAUGACGAGAUGAUAACGAACUAAAAACAUGUCUUGGGAGCAGAGGUUGCGCUAGACAUUUUCUUUGUCUGUCAUUUUGACUGACAGGGUCAUAAAAAUCCGGUCAUAAUCUAUUUUUACCCGUCACUUAAAUUUUUAAAAUGAUAAUGAUGACAUAUUCAAUAGUAUUUAGUUUUCAUUCAUUUUUAAUUAAUAUUGUAAUGCUUGCUUGGCGGCGAAAAAUUAGACACGGAAGUCGUGGUAUUUUUCUCCCUCUUUUUACUCUGCUUACCGCCAACACCAACAAAACAACAACUCCGCCCCCACAGAAAAAGAGGCAACUACAUAGACCCCAAUCACCAACGUCACACAAUGAUCUUAAUUGUGGUUGUCAGCCCAAAAUCUUCUAAAUAUAUAUUAAAUGCAUCUUACCAGAUAUAAAAUGACUACUACAUAGUCUGUGGUGAUCGUUUGGUGCCCAGAUUUCUUGUCGAAUUACAGCAGUCCAUCUCGCUCUCCUCUUCGGGUCUCUCAGAAUACGGUAGAACUUCAAGUCUCUCCGUCUAUCUUCUCUGUUACUGCAACCAACCACCACACACGCCUUCACCAUUUUGAUUAUUAAUGUUAAAGAGCAGAAAAACAAGCCGUAACAAGAGGCAUGUACGUAGCGGUUUCACGACUUCAGUUUUUUCCGUCACCGUUUUAAAAAACCGGUCAACGACGGAAAAUAUUCGGUUAACGCGACCCCUGCUUGGGAGACUAAAACAUAAUGACACGAAUGCCAGUUUUCAUCUGACCAGACAAGAACAAGACGAAAAUGCACCAUAGUUUCUGUCACGUGUUCACAAUCUGUGACAUUUUAUGUGUCGUUAGCCUGCAUCGUAGCAGUGUCUGGUUGUACACUCAUGUGGCGUGCUGCGCCACCCCCAACUCACCCGCUAGCGUCGUCUCCAGUCUCCCUAUUGCUUGUUUUGAGACACAAAUACAAAGAUUUGUCUUCUUAUCUUGGCAAGAGAGCAUAGCAUUCACGUUCAAGUAAGCAUCAGACUAUUGCUAAAGGCAGACGUCCUCUUCAACUCUCGGACAACUUUUUUUACAAUUACAGUAAAAAAUUUUUUUAACUUUAUAGAGGAAAACAUUUUUAUUAAACAUAGACUAAAACUGGACCGAAUGUGUCUUUUCAUCAACAAAAACUAGACGAAGACAUCUAAAGAGAGAGAUGACUAUAGUAUGACUAAGACUAACAAGUAUUAUCGUCCAAAAGACUAAGACGAAAAUUAAAUGGGCCACUAAAAACAACACUGAUCCAUGUUGACUAUUGCCAUCUUCCUCCUUUGAAGCUAGCUUUUAGGGUGGCUGGUUGACUAGCUAUUGCUCAAUAUCUACCAUGCUGUUUUGAUCAAAGUCUUUGUCAUUCAUUCUGCUACAGUCGCCUUCUUUCCGCUGCCACAAAUAUUCACGCAGUCAACUAUUUAAAGGUGCACAAUUUAGGAUUUGCGCUUCAAUUAUUCAUGAAAUGGCAACAACUUGUUAGCCUGCAAAACUACUGCGGUCAGGCCAGUCUCCACAAGGAACAACAGUCAAGCUAGCAGUCCCUCGUCUGGAUCAUUGUUUGCCUCAUGGUAAUGCAACAUGGUGGCUUUAGAGUGCAAGUCCCAAGAAUGGAUCCACUUCAGGGGGACACUGACAUGAAAAAAAAUCUGUGAAAUGAAAUCACACGUCAUAAUUUCAUGAGAGUACUUUGGUUCGAGUGUUGGGGUAGUCUAGGAUGCCUCAGAUGUAGAUCGGUCCUUGGAUAGCUCAGAUUUUUUUUCUUGAUUUUUUUUUGGUACUAAAUAGCUUUUAUAUUACAAUACUUUAGUUUGAGUCUAGGGGUACUCUAGUUUUCCCCAGAAGUGGACCCAUUCUUGGAUUGCUCCCUGUUUUUUUUCAAAUAAAGGGACUUGCAAUUUUUGAAAUCAAAGGUUUGAAUAGAACGUGAACCAAUACUCGAAGCGAGUAUAGGUUAAUACAGAUUUUGCUUUGAUCACUUUGCCUAUCAAUUAAUUAGGUUAAUAUUCGUGAGAAAUGUGGACCUAACCCCCGUCCAAUAAUCUGUUUGGUCUUAUUAAUGUCCCGUCCCCAGCAAAAAGUGUACAUUCAGGUUAUGCUGUUAUAUUGUCCCUACCAAUGUUGAGACCAAACCUACGCCCUCAGUUACAGGCUGUUUGAAUUGUACUGAAAUGCGUGAGAAUUUUUUGUUGUCCUUAAGUAAAUGCAGUAUAGUAGCAGUUUCACAUAUUGUCAAAGUACAAUGUUUUAAUAUUUUGAGUCUGAAAAUGGAAAAUUUCUAAGCUUAUUUGAAUUUCAGCUGGAGACAACUGAUUUGUGUUAGUCAUGAUUGCAGUGUUUUAACCCCCCCCCCCCACCCCCCACUGGAAAAAUUAUUCACAGGAAUUGUGUGUUGGGAGGUGGUGCAAAUAUAAUGGUUGGUUCCAUUAAAAAUCUACAAACAAAUAAAUCUGAAAAAUGCCUAACCGUGAAUACGCUUAGAGUAUUCCUAAUAAUGUCGUCUCAUAUGAUUCCAAGCCACUGCAACAUUAUGCAUCUCUGAAAAAAACAACCCGAAUAAAUGAGAAUUUAAUGUUUAUAAACAAAACCUUAAGAAUUCAAAGAAUCUGUAUUAAACGGAUGUGUAGUUGGGCAGUGAUUCUUUUGUUUACAACUAGAGGAAGCCCGUGCACCACACUUGUUACGUUACUGGUGUUAAAACAUGCAUCCGUUUGACCUUAAAUAGCCAAAAAUCAUACAAAUUUUAAGUUUGAUACAAUGGUGUUUUACACUACUGCAGCUGCAAUUACCGUAUUGGCCCGAAUAUAAGACGACCCCCUCUUUUUCAAGAUUCAAGUUUGAAAAAAGAUUUUUUGAACACCAAAUUAAUUUUUAUACAGAAAAUAAUUACAGUACAUCUGAAACAAAUGAUUAUAACAAUAUAUUUGAGAGAAAAAGCAUGUUAUUUUGCCUCAUUCAAAUCUUAACAUCUGAACAUUUAAAUAUGUAAACCAGGGGUCCCCAAACUUUUUCCUGUGAGGGCUAAAUAACUUUUCCCUUCUCUGAUGAGGGACCGGGGUCAGUUUGCAACAGAAAAGGUGUGACGAUUUCAGGAGUGCCUAAAUGUAAAAAUGUAUUGUUUUUCAGAAAGCCACAAUCAAAUAACCCUUUCUGGAUUCUUCACGGAACAAAAGUAAAUUUAAAAAAAAUAAAUAAAUAACAAUAUAAUACAAUAUAAGAUAAUAUAUAGGGCUGUCAAAAUUAUCAUAUUAACGGGCGGUAAUUAAUUUUUUAAAAUGAAUCACGUUCAAAUAUUUGACGCAUUUAACGCACAUGCCCCGCUCAAACAGAUUAAAAUGACAGCACAGUGUCAUGUGCACUUGUUACUUGUGUUUUUGGGUGUUUUCUCGCCCUCUGCUGGCUCUUGGGUGCGACUGAUUUUAUGGGUUUCAGCACCAAUGUGUAAUUAUUGACACCAACAAUGGCAAGCUACUAGUUUAUUUUUUGAUUGAAAGUUUUACAAAUUUUAUUAAAACAAAAACAUUAAGAGGGGUUUUCAUAUAAAACUUCUAUAACUUGUACUAACAUUUAUCUUUUAAGAACUACAAGUCUUUCUAUCCAUGGAUCGCUUUAACAGUUAAUGUUAUUGCUAUCUUAUUGAUUUAUUGUAAUAAUGAACAAAUACAGUACUUAUGUACUGUAUGUUGAAUAUAUAUAUCCGUCUUCUGUCUUAUCUUUCCAUUCCAACAAUAAUUUACAGAAAAAUAUGGCACAUUUUAUAGAUGGUUUGAAUUGCGAUUAAUUACGAUUAAUUCAUUUUUAAGCUGUGAUUAACUCGAUUAAAAUUUUAAUCGUUUGACAACCCUAAUAAUAAAUUAUAAUAUAAUAUAAUAUAAUAUAAUAUAAUAUAAUAUAAUAUAAUAUAAUAUAACAUAAUAACUAAUAAUAACACUAUUAAUAAUAUAAUGUAAUAUAAUAAAUAAUAAUAACACUAUUAAUUAAAUCGAUAAUAACCAAAUAACCCUCUCUGGGUUCUUCACAGAAAAAAAGCCAGGAAAUAAAUGACACUAUUGAGGGAUUUUUUUUUUUGUUUUGUUUUGUUUUUUUUGUUUUGUUCAAGGGGCCGGACCAAAUGUGGAGGCGUAUCCGGCCCGCGGGCCGUAGUUUGGGGACCCCUGAUGUAAACUAAAAGGCAAUCAAAUUCGUAAAUGAAUGGCCUCUGGUUUUUGAAAUGUAAAUAAACCAAUUUAUUGUGAUAAAACAACAAAAUUGCAAUGUCUGCAUUAACCAUCAAAGUGAAUUCUAACUGUAACUGUAGUCUUGAAACAAAUCUGAAUAAGGAAAAACAUUGCAAUAAAAUAAUGCAAACUGGUUAAACUUGAGAGUAGCUGAGAUCUGUCAUGACAGAACAUCGCUUCAAUGAUAUCUGGCGCCAUCUAACGUCGUGAAUGGGUAUAACGUCUAGACCGCGAGACGAUCCUCACUUUUUCAGUCUUAUUUCAAUGCAAAAACACUGUCUUAUUUUCGGGCCAAUACGGUAAUUUCUAAGUAAAUACCUCUAUGACAGUGCAGAUCAAAUUAAUUUUAUGUUAUGGAUUUCAUCGGCUAGUGUGCCUAAUGACGUACAAAAAAAUUACUGUCACUGUAUUUGAAAACAAGUGGACUGUCCGCAAUGGAGAAUAUUUUGUAGUAUCAUAUUAUCAUCAUGUGAGCCUACUGUGUGCACAUUUGAAGAAAAAUGCAUUGAUCUUUUUAUACUGCACUUACACAUUGAGACAAUCCUUGAUCUAUCUACUGUAUGUAAAGUAACAAAAAAAGGUCAGGGAGGGGGAUAUGUGUGUUAAGGUGCAUUUUAAUCACCAAAGUUCAACAUGCUGCACAGGAGAACUUUGCUUUGUGCUGUUACGAAUAAAAUAUGUCUGCAAAAUUAGCUAAAUACCACUGGAACUUUACUGUACAUUGUUGUAUGUUGACUGGUACCCUGACAUGAAUAGCAUUGAGGACCGCAGUUUACCAUCAAGGCGUUAACUGUCACACUUGUGUUGAUCUAACAGUCAAUGAAUGUAAUGAAGUGAAUGAAAUGUUUUCAUGAAAACAGAAAAUCUAAAGCAGCAUACCCCCGUUGCCAAAGGAUCUGAGCUAAUCUUGCAGCGACAGGCGUCAUCACUCUUUUCGAGUUGGGACACUGGAUUUCUUAAGGUCCAAUUUCAGACCUUGUGAAAUUGCAUUCAGGCUCCCCUCCCAGAUUCAAUUGUAGAUCUCUUCAAACGAUUACCAGACUCCAAGAUACUGCUACUGCAUUUUGCAAAAGCAAUGCAAAGUUAGCAUUCAUAUCACAUUUUUUUUUAAAUGAGUGAACGGCGACAUGAAUUGUCCUAGAAAAAAAGUCAAGGCAGAAAUAUGAAGUGCCCCGUUGUGUUGUGGGAGGGCCCGCCAUCCAUCACGUUGUGAGACGGUCUCAAGUGAUGAACGACAACCUCACACUGUCUGACAGGGCCGUGGACCUUGCAGAAAAUCAUUCAGGAAGCGCUCAAUAUAUUCAGUUUUCUUAAAGUUACGCCCCCGAGAUAAAAAAACAACAACAACUCAAACCUAAACAGUAUACGUGCAAAGUGGAUCAUACAUUCUAAAUAAAAGUGUUAAUAAAAUGGGUCUGUUUUUGUCUUUUAACUUGCUAGCAAAAACUGAAGUGAACUCCAAGUCAGUCGAGCUGUGGUUCAGCAACUGGAGGCUUCAGACCUGCAUGCGGCUCUUUAGGACUGCUAUAGUCGCUUUUUCAAAAAUGUUUGAAAAAGAUGCGGGAGGGAAAUAGAGUUAUAUGGUUUCUGUAGGAGGACAAACAUGACACAAACAUUCUUCUAAUUGUAAUUGUAAUGAAGUUAAACUUGAGGCAGCAUUGUACAACUGAGUAGUCACAUGGUGCGUCAUUCUUCAUAGAAACCACUGCAGGGAAAGUAAACAUUUACUGUAUUUUCCACAUUAUAAGGCGCAUUGGAGUAUAAGGUGCACCUUCGAUGAAUGGCCUAUUUUAAAAACGUUUUCGUGUAUAGGGUGCACUGCAUUAUAAGGCACAGUAGUAGUAGUAGUGGUUGGUAUUGCAUUAUGCAUCCACAAGAUGGAGCUGAGCUAAAUGGAAUGUCAUGCCAUGAUUAACCCAUAGACUUCAUAAUGAUAUUGACGGGUGACAUUCCCCAUACACUGUGCCAAGUCUUCAAGUAGGGGGCCGUUCUACACUCUCCUUCAGUCGUUCACAGUUAGGUUCAAAAAGUACAAAAGCUGUAUCGCAUACGAACAAGACGGAUUGUCUCAGGAGUGAUUUGUUUGAGGAUUCAAGGUAAUUAUUUUAUUUUUUGUACCAUGCAUGCAUUUUGAAACGUUGUAAAAAGAAUCAAUGGGAGACAUUAACCGCUAGGGCAUUGGAGUCAUAAUUCG